GUGCGGGGGUGAGGGGCGGGUACGGCCGGGGAUGGACGGGCCGGUCGGGUCAGCCCGGAACGGGGCUUAGCCCGUCCUAAACAGGGGGGGAAAACAGCCAGUGGCGUCUUUGCAACUUGUCAACUUGGCACACCAGAAACUUUGUCGGUGUUAUAAAACCCUCACUGUGACAUCGAGGGUUGAGGAUCCUGCUGCAUCCAAAGAGCACAUGAGUCAAUCAGAUUUCCUGGAAAACAUGCAGAUUUCUACAACAAGGUCUCAACACGUGCUCAGGCAGGGUGGAGACCGUUUAUCCACUGCUGUCAUCCUUGACCAACACCAGGAAAGGCAAAAACAAAACCAGGGAGGAUACAUUUCCUGCCCACUUGCUCUGGCACAAGUGAAAGAGGUUCCUAAAAGCCUGAUUCGAGCAUUCAGCAGGAUGGAAACAGGGGAAGAAACUCCUCUGCCUGGAAUUGCCUGGAAUGGGUAUUUAAGCAAUUUUAGGCACGGGACCACAGCAGGCAGCCACUUGUCAAACACAACCUCAGCGGUGACAACAACGAUCACAGCCCCCUGGCUGGAUGGUGCCAACUCCAGUGAGUACCCGUACGAGUACCUGGACGAGGAGGAUUACGGGCAGUAUGGGCUCUGCACCAAGGAGGAGGUGCUCUCCUUCAGCAAAGUGUUCCUGCCUUCGUUUUACACCGUGGUCUUCCUGCUGGGGAUGGCCGGGAAUGCCCUCCUGUUCAUCGUCCUCAUUAUGUACAUCAGGAAGAGGAAGAAGAUGACUGAGGUGUAUCUGCUGAACCUGGUGGUUUCAGACUUCUUCCUGCUGCUGAACCUUCCUUUCUGGGCUCUCUACGUUUCUCAGGGGGUCACCUGGGAUGUUUUGUGCCCGGUCUUAAAUGCCAUGUACACUCUGAACUUCUACAGUGGCAUCUUUUUUGUGAGCUGCAUGAGUCUGGACAUGUAUCUGCAGAUAGUUUAUGCUUGUUCUGCUCACAGCUCCACGUCAUGGAGGAAGUCCAUCCUUGGCUUGUUGGUGGUGUGGAUCCUUUCCAUACUUCUCUCUAUUCCUCAUGGCCUCUUCACCAGCACAAGGCAAAUCCACAAUAAAACCACCAUGUGCACCCAGGAUUAUGGCCAGGACCACUUACUUUGGAAAGUUGUCUUUCGGGUCACUCAAAACAUCCUGGGCUUCCUUUUGCCCUUCCUCUUCAUGGUGUUCUGCUACUCCCGCAUCGCCUGUGUCCUCAGCACAUCACAGCUGCCUGGCUCCAGGAGAGCUCUCUGCUUGGUCUUCACUCUGGUGGGUGUCUUCUUUGUCCUGUGGUCUCCCUACAACAUUGUCCUCAUCCUCCACUCCCUGCAGGAUGUCGGUGUGAUCAGGAGCUGUGAAAGCAGCAGGAAGCUGGACUAUGCCAUGCAGGUCACAGAGAGCUUGUCCUUUGUCCACUGCUGUCUCAACCCCUUGCUCUAUGCUUUUGUGAAGAAACGAUUCAGGUCCUACUUGUGCAAGAUCCCUCAGGCCAUUUUCAGGAGAAGUGGUUUCUUUCACAUCCAGCCCUCAGAGACAAGCCCGUCUUGCAGCAGAUACGUGGCUGAGAUAGAAAUGUUGAGUGUCACAACUGUAUCAUAAAUAUUUAC